AUGGUCACGAAAGUGCUUUGCGUGGCCGAGAAACCCUCUAUAGCUAGAGCAGUAGCGAACCACCUCAGUGGCGGCCAAAUCAAUAGCCGCAACGUACAAGGUAAUCAAUAUGUGAAGAACUAUGAAUUUCACUGCAACCUUGCCGCAUGGGGCGCGUGCAGUGUCACAAUGACCUCCGUUCUUGGCCAUCUCCUCAGCCAUGACUUUGAGGACCGCUAUCGCAAAUGGAACUCCUGCGAGCCGUCAGCGUUGUUCGAAGCUCGGAUCGAGACGUAUGUCGAAGACGACAAAAAGGCUGUGGCCGGCAACAUCGAGCGUCAAGCCCGCUACGCGCAGUAUCUGUACAUCUGGACCGACUGUGACCGUGAAGGAGAGCAUAUCGGGACAGAAAUCAGACAGGUCGCUACUCACGGUAAUCAAGCCUUGAGACAGCCCGGUAAGACGGUCCGGGCGCGAUUCUCUAACGUCGAGCGAGCGCACAUUCUCAAUGCUGCCAGUAACCCGGUGGCGCUGGACGAGGCCCAAGCCAAUGCAGUAAUGUCGCGUAUUGAAUUGGAUCUUCGUAUUGGUGCUACUUUCACUCGCAACCUUACACUCAGCAUCCAGCCAAUGCUACAAGGACGCUUUGGCGCUGAGGAGCGCCAGGUAAUAAGCUACGGCAGCUGUCAAUUUCCCACACUCGGAUUUGUGGUCGAGCGGUAUUUGCGCGUUCGCAACUUCGUCCCAGAGACUUUCUGGACGAUCAAGGUCAUGCAUGAGAAGCAUGGCAUCAAGGUCAACUUCCGCUGGGCUCGCGACCACCUCUUUGACCGCGUGGCUGUUAUCGUUCUCUUCGAGCGCUGUCUCACUGCGCGUGUCGCAAGGGUGACGGGAGUGCAAACGAAGCCUGCAAGUAAGUGGAAGCCGUUGCCCCUGACUACUGUCGAGCUGCAGAAGUGCGGUAGUAGGUUUUUGCGAAUGGAUAGCCACCGAGUCAUGCAGGUUGCGGAAGGACUUUAUCAGAAGGGAUGGAUUAGCUAUCCACGUACAGAAACCGAUCAGUUUGAUCGUGGCAUGGAUCUUCGCGCGCUUGUUCAGAAGCAGACGCAGGGUGGUGCUUGGGCACAAUUCGCGCAGGCCUUGGUCAAUGGUGGCUUCUCUCAACCACGUCAAGGCCGCAAUAACGACAAAGCGCAUCCACCGAUUCACCCUGUCAACUUCGUCCUUCCCACCCAGCUCAGUGCCGAAGAACAGCGCGUCCACGAAUUCGUGGUCCGCCGCUUCUUAGCCUGCUGCAGCCAAGACGCAAGAGGCUCGAAGACGGAAAUCAGCAUCUUAUACGGCCCGGAAACGUUCCAUACGGGUGGCUUAGCCGUCCUUGAGCGCAACUACCUCGAUGUGUAUCCGUAUGAUAGGUGGACCAGCAGCCAAGAGCUUCCCGAGUUUAGGGAAGGUGAAACUUUUGAGCCGACCGAGGCGAUGAUGCGCGAUGGUCAGACAUCUCCGCCAGGGUAUUUGACCGAGCCGGAGCUGAUUGCACUGAUGGAUGUCAACGGUAUUGGCACCGAUGCUACAAUGGCUGAGCAUAUCAAAAAGAUCAAGGACCGCCAGUACGUGGAGACCAGGCCACGAGGCCGACGUCAGCGUGAGGAUGACGAUGAUGGCGAGCAGUCUGAUGGUGAAAUGCCGGAUGAAGCAGCUGCUGCAGCAGGUCGUGGAAGAGGCAGGGCCCGUGGACGGGGUGCUAGAGGCGGGGCAAAUGCUCGCGGCGGUGCAACGGCGGGUGUUCAAGAGUUCAUCCCAACCACGCUCGGCGUGGCCCUUGUUGAAGGGUACGAGAACAUGGGCUUCGAGACGAGCUUAACCAAGCCUUUCUUGCGCAAGGAGAUGGAGCUGAAGAUGAAAGCAAUCUGUGAAAGCCGCAAGACAAAAGCAGACGUCAUCCAUGAGACGAUCGAACAGUAUCGCGAUGUGUAUGUCCGUACACAACUGCGGCUGGACGCCCUGCGUGCGGCCGUUCGAAAGUACGUUUUCGGUGAGAACGGCUGA